CUUUCUCUCUCUCUCUUUCUCUCUUCGUCACUUGCCCCUUCACGGAUGUCCCGGUGUUUUUGGUGCGGUGAUUGGUGCGAUAAUCAAUUAACGGCGAUUUAAUCGCGCGAGAACAAUAAUAUGAUGUCGCGUUCAGUGCGUGCAGAGACUCGUAGUCGUGCCAAGGAUGACAUUAAACGGGUGAUGCAAGUGGUUGACAAGGUUCGCCAUUGGGAGAAAAAAUGGGUUACUAUAGGAGAAACGACAAUGAAAAUAUACAAGUGGGUUCCAAUCUCAACGCUGGACCAGAAGAAGAAGGGAAAGACGGUGUUAAAUGACAAAGAAAAUGGUUUGCCGAGAAAAUCAGCGAUAGAUUCUUCAAAUUCAAAUUUCGGACUGACAGAAGACUCCAACACAUGUUUCUCCACCGUCAGUGAUUCCCAGGGACUGACAGAUUUCUCGGCACACUUGGGUUUUUCGGAGGACUCAAAUUCGCAAAACAGCGAGCCCGCACCUAAGAGAUUAAAGACUGACUAAUGUUUUCGACUCCGAACAACUGGCACUGACAAAAAAAAACACCACCAUCCGUAUGAGGAUAUCUAGGAAUCGCUACGUCUCUUGUGAAUUCGCACUUAAUUCUUCAUUAAUUUUUUCGAAUCGCCAUACCUCUCUGUGGAUGAGCCGGGGCGAAGUACACACACACUCUUGUUUCCUUUUUCUGUCUCAUCCAAAUUUAUAGUGAGAUCUAGAUAUAAUAUAUAUAUAUAUAUCUAUAUAUAUAUAUAAUAUAAUUACAUACACACAACUGCGAAUAUAGUAUCAAUUCUACGGAACGUUUUCGAUUACGUGUAAUGGAGUUUAUUUUUUUACACAUAUGGAUUUAUUACAAAUUCUCCCACGCUGAAUUUAGAGAAGCUAGCGAAUCAUCGAUCCGCUGAUUGGAUGUAGAACAAAACAAAAACAACACGACUCGAUCUGUCUGUUGAAUCCCCCAAUUUUUAUAUAUUGUAAUUGUUCGAAAAUUCAGGAUUAAAAGUUUGUGAAACACCAAAAAAAAAAAAGAAAAAGACUUGAAACAGAGCGGAUUACAUAUUCAUGCGGCGACAUUGCAGUAUUACUUUUGCUUAGAAAAUUUUUUCUUUUUUUUUUUUUGUUUUGUUUUGGUUUCGCCAAGUUUUUUCUUGCGAAAUACUCGAAUACGCGAUUGUUUGCGAUUAGUUUUGCUGCGUAAACCACUGGGAGGAAAAAAGUUCAUUCGCAUUGUAUUUUAUCUCUGAACAUAUGAUCACGUUGUUUCGGUUACAAAUCGUUGUAAAUAUCUCUAGUAUCAUUUUUUUUUUUUUUUUCGUUUAUUGACUUUGUGUAUCGAUAAUAUAUAUAUAUAUAUAUAUUUAAGCAAACUGGCAUUCCUUUGCGUUACGUUUAUAGCACCGUGACAUGUACAAAAUAAGCUUGGACUCGUGCGAAUAAAAAACAAAUUGAAUGACCUACUUAAUGACUAUUACACACAUCGUUUUAUAGGGGAAAAAAACAAAUGCGGUUUCGUUUGGUUUUUUAUAUGUAAAAGAGAAAGAAAAAAAGAAAAGUUUUUUGUAAAACUUUUUGCGUGUAGAUACUUGGGAGUAUCAUAUUUGGAACAAAUUUGUGAAUAAUCGAUGGGAAAGUAUUUGAUUUUAUAUAAAAAUAUUUUCAGAAAGUAUUUCUAUGUAAUUCUUUUUUUUUUACAAAUUGUAUA